GCGGAGCCAAUCUUUCGAACACAGCCGCCUGUGUUUUGGGCCGAAGGACCUGUCACUCACAUAUGGUUCCUCUCUGCUUAUCAGCCUUAUAUCUGUAUAAUGUCAGUUGAAAAUUCGUCUGAGCCGGAGCUUUUGAACUUCUUCAUAUUCAACGCUAGCUAUGGACAGAAGGAAGGUCACGAGCAUGAAAAAGUAUUAUUUUACCAUCCAAGUUCUACCGAGAUAGACAUACAAGUCCGUCAUGUUGGGCUGGCAGAAGCUAUUACCAGAUUUUCAAGUACAUUCAAGAAAGAUGGUGACUGUGAGGCUGUGCACACGCAGAAGACUAGACAAGCCUUUUACCAGCCAGAACCCAAUAUCUGGAUGGUUUUGACAGUAUCGGUGGGCUGGAUCACAAAGAAGCGAGACACAGGACCAGUGCGGGAAUACCAGAGUGAGGGCGUUCAAGAUGUGGUCCUGCGAGCGCGGCUAGUCAACAUGUACCGUGCCUUCACGCUUCAACACGCAUCCUUCACUAGGGUCCAGACGAGUUCAGGAUUACAGGCACUCAAGUCCACGCUAAACAGUUUCUUUAGUAGUUACCUCUCUUCGGUGGAAGUCAGUGGAGGCGACAUCCUCUCCGUGUGGUCAGGAGUAUCAUUCCUUCCCCUUGACAGACAGACAUUCCUGAGGAUCCACUGCUGUCUCUCACUCCUUCAGGGUUCCUUCCCCAGCAUCAGCCACACAGCUUUCUUUUACAAUAAUCACGUUGUCUGGUGUGGUCUGGGGAUGGAGGACCUGCGAUCUCUCUCCCAGUACCUGAACAAUCAGCUGCUGCCAGGGUGUUUGAGUAGCAGCUCAGCAGGCCAUCCCUCCAAAGCUUCCAGCUAUCUCUCCAGGUACAGGGAUCCUGGCUGCAGGUUCGUUGGAAUAGGUGUAACGCCCAGCAUCCAGAUACACGCACACAACGAGAGUCGAGACCUCAAACCAUAUCAUUUGUUAGUAUACACCCUUGCAGGAGCUACCGUCUGCCUCACUUUACCAGGUAACUUCAUGUAUUAUCAGAAAUCUCUCGGUGUCACUGACUCCAGUGACUUCUGGCAACUGUCCUGCCGUUUGGCCCAGGAAUCCGCUAUGUUUAGCUUGAAUCGCUCUUGUCAUAGCCAUACCCAUCAUGAUGAAUCUAUAGCAGUUAAUCCUCUUAUAGCAAACCACAGAGUUUUGAGUGUUUUUCUGAACUAUGUAUUGAUACUUUUCAUCUUGGAAGAGACAUCAGCCACAUUUUUUCCUUUAUGUCUUUCAACUGAUUCUGUUUUUAAUUAUAGGUGUAAUAGUGGUGAGUUGGUGGUAAAAACCUCCCAAGAUCACUGGGUCGUCGGUCGAUGUGGAGACGGACGGGAAUUUUAUGUUGUCGUGAGUCACAAAAAUGCCAACUUAGUGGAAGUUACAGAUGAAGUGAACAGGAUGUGCUCCUCUCACUUCAGCAACAUCUUCAUGGUUGAAUGAUACUGAAUCCAGGUGACGUUUGUUGUCGGUUCCUGAGACUUCGGACCUCAGACUUCAAGGGCCUUCUGAUUCCUUGAUCAUAUUGAUCACUGGUCACGCUGAUUGCAAGUCACUUAGUUGGGAGUCCAUACAGUUGCCAAAGUUUACUGUUUACUGCAGUUAUUCCUGGAAGAUAACUGGACAUUGGCAUUUAGAUCUAUGAUUACUAUGAAAUAGUAAGUCUUUUUUGUAAAUUAUUCUCAAGGUCAGGCAGUAAUGUAGUUGUUGGGGUUAAAACAGUUGAUUCAUGUGAGACUGCAAGAUCUUUAUUCAGCAACAAGGGAAUGAAAAUGAGAGUAUGUAUUUAUUGAUUAGAAAUUAGUGAUAUUGAUGUAUUUAAUCUUGUUAGUUUACUUCCCCUCUGAUAGAUAUGAUAAUCAAAAAGGAAAAAAGGAAUAAAAUGCCAGAUUUAUGAAGCAAAAAGAGGAUACCACACUAAUCAAAGAUUUAUGUUAUUGUAAUAUGUACAAUAGAAUAUGGUUAUUAUACUUUUUGUGGUAUGCCUUUUUGUCUUUUAUUUGAAUUAUCAUUCAUCCUGAGCACAGAUAUGGGAUUUUAAGUAAUACAAGAAAUUGUUCACAUUAUGGUAGUGUAAAGUGAUUGUUUUUUUAUAGAUUGGUUGACAGCUUUUCAGUGACUGAAAAAUAUCUUUAAAAGUAUGUUUGAUAAUAGUAAUAAUAAAGAAUAUUAUGGUCAUAUCUAUGCAUCAUGAUAGUGUUAUUACAAAAUUUUCCAGUAAGUACAGUAUUAAAAAAAUGUUUGUUAUCUUGGCAGCUGCCAAACUGUAAAUAACAGCAAGUCCGUAUAAAUAGACAGAAAUCACCUUCAGGUAUGGACUUGUGAUGGCACAGAUAUAAGCCUCCUCCUGUUGUAGAUACCCAAGAAUUAUUUUCAAUGGUAAACACAAACCAAGCCAAACAGAUGAACAAACACACACUCCACAUGCACAUCCACCCACCCACCAGCCUGCCCAUACAGUAAAAUGUACAAAGAUUGGUGUACAUAUAUGUAAAACUGCCUCUGGUCUUGGUACUGGUGAUUUAUACAAGUGCAAGAAUUUUUAAAAUGUUUUGUUUGAAUAUGCUGUGAUUUUACAACUUUAAUGUAUAGGAUAAAAAUAAAAAGUAAUGAAACUUU